UCUCCGUGCAGCUGCAUCCGGAGGAAGAGCCUGGACAAGUUCUAACGUGGAACCAGCGUCCUGGGACUCCGGCGAAAGGCGAAUUUAGCGGACCUUUUGUUAGCUAAAGGUCCGUGGAGGUCUGUAGUGGUCUUCAUUUUCUCCACAACAGCACAGCAACGGACUGAACGCUUCCCGCGAACCUUGCUGUCCCGGGGGAGCCUUUUUGUUUAGGGUCAACAUAACUGAAUCCCACCGCUGGAGAGGGAGAGACGGGGUCUGACGAACAGGGUCACAUUCUUUCUGCCCGACGUAUGGAGCGAGCUGGGGUUCACGCCGGGAUGAAGUGACCAGCGGCGGAGCGCCAGACGGACCCAGUGAAAGCUAAACUCAUCUCACGGACCAACGGGGGUCCCCGGCCGCCUCAACCACACAGUCCUUCCUCCCCGCUCAGUGUUCCCCACUUUUUUCCCUCCCUCUCGUGAGUCUCAUUCGUAUUUCACCCUCCUGAUCUACCUUUCACAUCCCUCCCUCCCUCCCUCGGCUCCUCUGGCAGGCUGCUCAUUGCAGUGAGUCAGUAUCAUGGAGGCAGGCAGCGGGGCUGCCGCAGCGGUGGGAAGUGCAGCGCUAGGACUGCUGGGAGCCACAGCCACGUCCGGCCAUGACAUCUUGGACAGGGGCUUGAGGCCUGGACGCCACCUGGAGGACGACAAUAUUGUGCCUGAACUGGCUAACAUCCAUCCUAGAGAGAGACCUGACUGGGAGGAGACCAUCAGUGCCAUGGCAAGGAGUGCAGAGAUCCCUGAGCUGAGGGCGGAACACCUCAUGCGCUCGUGCAGCAGCAGCACGGCCAGCAUGAAGGUCAAGAACGUCAAGAAACUUUGCUUCACCAAGGGCCACUUCCCGAAACUGGCAGAGUGCGCUCACUUCCACUACGAGAACGUGGACUUUGGGUCCAUUCAGUUGUCCCUCGGGGAUGAGCAGUGUGAAGUGACGCGGAACGGCUAUGAGUCCAAGGAGCUGGUGUACUUGGUGCACAUAUACUGCCAGGGUCGUAGUUGGAUAGUGAAGCGCAGCUAUGAAGAUUUCCGCGUCCUGGACAAGCACCUGCACCUCUGCAUCUACGACCGGCGCUUCUCACAGCUGCCUGAGCUGCCUCGACCGGACAGUCUGACUGACCAGUCUGAGUCCGUUUCCCAGAUGUUGUUGGCUUACCUCUCCCGGCUCUCAGGCAUCGCGGACAACAAGAUCAACUGUGGCCCCGCCCUCACAUGGAUGGAGGUUGACAAUAAGGGGAAUCAUCUGUUGGUCCAUGAAGAGUCGUCCAUCAACGUGCCAGCUAUCGCUGCUGCCCACGUCAUCAAGCGUUACAUCGCCCAGGCCUCAGAUGAGCUGUCCUUUGAGGUUGGUGACAUUGUGUCAGUGAUUGACAUGCCCCCAAAAGAAGACACCACCUGGUGGAGGGGGAAGCACGGCUUCCAGGUUGGCUUCUUUCCCAGCGAGUGCGUGGAACUCAUUAACGAUAAAGUGCCGCAGUCCAUGACCAACACGGUGACAAAACCAGCAGCCUCCCCCUGCUCUGGCCUGCAGCCUGCUUCUUGGAGUCUCUUCCCUCCCUACUUGGAGAUGGAGAGUGUAAUACAGGACAGUGCAUGGGUGGCCGACCCGCUAAACCACUACAGCCUGAGUUCAGUGUCUAAAAAGCACGGGAAGCUGAUCACCUUUUUGCGCACCUUCAUGAAGUCCCGGCCCACCAAGCAGAAGCUGAAGCAGAGAGGCAUCCUCCGGGAGAGGGUGUUCGGCUGCGACCUGGGAGAGCACCUCCUCAACUCGGGACAUGAUGUGCCCCAGGUCCUUAAGAGCUGCACCGAGUUCAUCGAGAAGCAUGGCGUGGUGGACGGCAUGUACCGCCUCUCUGGGAUCGCCUCAAACAUCCAGAAGUUGCGGCACGAGUUUGACUCUGAGCAGAUCCCCGACCUGACCAAAGAUGUUUACAUCCAGGACAUCCACUGUGUGGGCUCGCUGUGCAAGCUCUACUUCAGAGAGCUGCCCAACCCCCUGCUCACCUACCAGCUUUACGAAAAGUUCUCCGAUGCCGUAUCAGCAGCAACGGACGAGGAGCGACUCAUCAAAAUCCAUGACGUCAUUCAGCAGCUUCCUCCACCGCAUUACCGGACCCUGGAGUUCCUCAUGAGACACCUCUCCCAGCUGGCAGCGUUCAGCUACAUCACCAACAUGCACAGCAAGAACCUGGCCAUCGUCUGGGCGCCCAACCUGCUUCGGUCCAAACAGAUAGAGUCUGCCUGCUUCAGUGGCACAGCGGCCUUCAUGGAAGUCCGAAUCCAGUCGGUGGUGGUGGAGUUCAUCCUCAACCAUGUGGAUGUUCUCUUCAGCACCAAACUCAGUUCACUAAUACGGGAGGGAGCAGGUCACAACUCAUUGUCGCGGCCCAAAUCACUGCUGGUUUCGUCACCUUCUACUAAACUGCUGAGUCUGGAGGAGGCCCAGGCCAGGACCCAGGCUCAGAUCAACUCUCCAGUCACUGAGGACAGCAAGUAUAUCGAGGUGGGCGAAGGUCCGGCUGCCCUGCAGGGAAAGUUCCACACUGUCAUCGAGUUUCCCACCGAGAGGAAGAGACCUCCUAUUAAAUCCAAAAAGUCUCCUGUGGGUAGUUGGCGUUCUUUCUUCAACCUUGGCAAGUCUUCAUCCGUGUCAAAGCGCAAGCUGCACCGCAACCCCAGUGAGCCCAAUGAACUGAAGGCCAUGGCUAUUGCUGGAGGCAGAGGAGACACAACCACAUUGAGGUCAGCCAAAAGUGAAGAGUCCCUGAGUUCCCUGCACAAUGUUGAAGGAGAGUCCAAGGUGUACCGUCCUCGGCGGCCGCGCUCCAGCAGCGACGCCCUGUCGGCCUCCUUUAACGGCGAGCUGCUGGACAGCCGGCAGCACUGCAACUCCUACGACAACCUGAACGCCACAGAGGACAGCGACGGAGACGACGGCCCCAUCUGUGUGCCCGCCCUCAUCUCGCCUCCCCGCUCGGCGGGGGAGGACGUGGACCUUAGCCCGCCAGACAUCGGCAUGGCCUCCUUGGACUUUGACCCCAUGUCUUUCCAGUGCAGUCUUCCCGACACCUCUUACGCCUUCCCCCUCAAUGACCCACCCGCCGGGGGGGCGGGUCCCUCGUUGAAGAGGAGUCCCGGCAGCGUCUCCGGCGAGACCAACGGCUCUGACCUCAUAGCUGCGACCUUCCUGGGCGGCUUGAUGUCCCCUUUGUCGGCCGCAGACUUCAGCCUGGCUGCUGGGGAGAAGGUGGCAAACAAGAAACUCACCGCUUCAUAUUCGUACACCGAUAAACCCACGCAGGCUGUGUCGCCUAUUAAAUGUGCAAAGACCACUAGCUUGACGCCGAUCGCCAGUUCGGAACUUUUCUCGACUGAACUGGCGGACCGGACAGCGGCUGGACAGUUUGCCUCUUCGCAGCCGCUAUCGCCUCCUUCGGCAGCCCAGGCCGAGCCGUCGCUGAGUGAAGCUUUCCAGGUGGAGCUGCACUCCAAGCUGGCAGCCUUUGACAGUGUGGACAGUGGAGAGCUGAUGGGAGAGGACGGCGUGCAGCAGGCGCCAGCUGCCACCACCCAAGAGCACCAAGGAGUCGUAGCUCCGGACUCUUGGAAGGAUCUCAUCCCUUGUUCCCUCAGCUCCACAGCUCCCACCAAUGCCCCUCCUCCCCCCCCUCCUAAAAAUGCUGCCCGCAUGUUGGCCCUGGCCUUGGCCGAGUCCGCUCAUCAGGUCUCGAUUCAGUGUCAGUCGCGGUCCUCUCGGCCCUCCACGCCAGUGUCCCCUCUGCAGCCUCAGCAGGCUUCUGACUCCCAGGACUCGACACAUCCACCGUUCCCACAUUUCUGGGCUUCUUCUGAGGAGGGAACAGGAAGAGGGAGUUCCCCGCCGCCAAACCCCAUGUCCCCGGCCUUCGCCACACCCUCAGGGCAUCCCACCACCUCCAGUCCUACAAUGCAUCAGCAGCCUCUGGAGGUGACCAGCAGCAUUACCAAGCCAUCGGACAGCCCCAGGCUCUGCCCCUCCCCACCCAGAACACAGCCAGGAAAAGACUCCUCCCCACCAGACACUCCUUUUUACAAGUGUGCCCCACUCCCCAGUUCAACCAGCCGGACUUCUCCAAUUAGGAAAAGUCCAGAGAGGCAGCAGCCUGUUGCGGAUCCGGUUUCAGUCCGAAUCAGUUCAUCAAGAACCACUCUUAGAGAGCCUGGAGUCUUUCCUACGCUACUACCUGAAGUCCAUCUUGAGAACUCUUUACCCCCCCCAGUCCUUCCAAAACCCUCAGAAGGACCACCUCAGAAACCCAAGAGGCAUUCUGUCUCACUGACCCAGCAUCAAAAACAAACUCAUCAGCAGAGCCAUGCUUUGAUGCAUCCUCAUCUUCCACCAGAGCCUCCCACGCCUUCCCAGACACCGGUCCAGUCUCAGGUCCCCUCCAAGGCCAGCGCAAGAGUGGCCCCCACCUCCGCUGAGCCCGUUGAGAAGCCUUGGGAGGCCAUAAAGCCUGUACAGCCCUGUACAGAGCCUGCAAAGAACCAAGAGGUUUACCCUAAACCUCCGGCCCCUCCCAUCCGCACCAUAGAGAGCAAACUGGCCACAGCGGCUCUGAGUCAGAGUGACGCCUCCUACCACAGCUUGAGUGAAGGCCCUGUACCUGGCCAUCAGGAGGAUGCUUCGCCCCUCCAUCCUCCUUCUCCUCGCAAAUCGUCCACACACCAGCCAGCAUACCUGUGCCACGCUAAAGGAGAGCCGGUACCAAUUGAGGCGUCUGCUGCUGCAUACUUCCACCAGAGGCCUGUCACGCCGGGCCCCCACUCUGUGCUACACCACUUCCGGCCCGACAGCGUGCCGCCACACCUGUCCUACGUGUCCAAAUCAGAGCCUCAGAUCCCUUACAGUGCCCGACUAGACAACCGAUACAGCACUUUAGGCCCGAGGUCCUAUCACCACUCCAUGAAGUCCAGAGGAACCCCCCGCAGUGUGUACGUGUCCCCAGGACCGGGGCCUCAGGGUUACAGCCAUGACAGAAACCAAGGCUAUCCCACCAUCCGCAGAGUGCACUCACUCCACGUCCCCUCCACUAUCCGCUCAGUGCCCAUCCAAAGGACCGAAGUUCCUCCAGAUGACGAAAUGUUCUUCUGCCAACGACCCGUGUACCAGUGCAAAGCCUACCAGCAGCCCCCUCCCCCCCCGCAGCAGUCCUCCCAAACCGACUACCACGUCACCCAGCUGCAGCCUUACUUUGAGAAUGGACGGGUUCAGUAUCGCUACAGUCCGUACUCUGGUUCGAGCCCGCUGGAGGCGCCUUUCUACGACAUCGACCCUUACGCAACCAUACGAGUCCGACACCUGCACGGCAGCCGAGACCCAGGAUUCACUGGUGGUCGCCCGGCUGGAAAGGCAACAGGGUACCACUACCUGGCACGCCAUGUUCUCCCGCCGGGUAAGGAGCACAGCUUUGUGAGCAGGGACAUGCCCCCCGGUCACGGGACCAAGGAAGCCGCUGCUUACCUCGCUUGGGACCCUGAGGAGUCAGAAAGGCUCCGCAUGCACUCCAUCCGCAGGGAGAGCCGGGCCAGACAGAAGAUCAAAGGCCCCGUUCUUUCUCAGUACGACAACGUCGGCUUGUUCGCACCCUCCGAUAUAUCGUGCUACGAAGCCCUGCACCUGCGCAGUAAAUCGGAUCCAGGCAAAGCUGUUCUGGUUGCAGCCGAGACCAAAGACGGGCGCUACCACCCCAGACACAUGGUGUCCGACCCCGACGUCCUGGUGUACAUGGAGAGUGACAAGCUGUCCCAGGGUGGCGCACUGGGCGACAAGUCAGACGGGUUUGCCAAGCAAAGCGCUUCCAAGAAGUGCCAAUCUUCUCACUCCCUUCCAGCUACUCUGAGCCACAGUCUGUCCCAUCAGCAGGAGAGCGGGGACAACCGGCCGGGGGGGGACGCCAGCCGCUCGCCACACUGGCAGCAGGAAUAUCCCAACAAGAGGAACUUCCAACCACGCUAUGAGUGUCCCGAUUUUGACCACCACCAGACUAAAGUCAAAGCGCCCGGCGGCUACCACAGCACGGAGGAGCCGCCUUCAGCCCCCAGGGAGCCGCUCGCCCGCUCCAAGGCCGACCGGUCGCACAGCGUCUACAGCCAGGGCAACGCCGACCUGGACAGGGACUACUCCUAUCAGAAACACGGGCCCAAGCCGGUGCCGUCACACUACGACAACCUGGACGAUUACCACCCGGUACCUCAGCCUCAGGCCCCGGUUCAAAAGCGCGGAGUAGGCGGAGCCUAUCCGGCCCCAGCGUUCCCAGUGAGCCACGGUAACAGAGCGUACUCCACAGCACUGGGCCAGGGAGCCUUCAUCCAGACUGAGCUGCUCACGCAGAGGCCAGACACAGAGAUGCGCACAGAAUGAAGCAUUUAGGGGGAGGGGGGGGGGGGG